AUGCCUCACCACCAUCAAACGCUAUUCUCAUCACUUCCCUAUGAAAUUUUCCAACAUAUUUUAUCAUUCGGAGUUGAUAAAGAAUUGAAUAAUCCUGCGAGUAGAAAAUCUGACAUUAGAAUGGCAGCAAUUUUUCAAUCAAUCAGCAAGAGAAUUUCGAGUAUGAAUGAAAUGCAGAACUAUUUCAAUACAUUUUGGUGGACAGUAUUGGAAAAGAAUUUUGUAAUGCCUGCAUUUGAAAAGGAGUUGGAACAACUCAAAUCACAAAUGAUUAAAAAAGGGGAUAUGAAGAGGAAAAUUCUAUUGGCAAGUUUCAUCAAGUUUAAAGUGUGGAAAAGACCAAAAUAUGAUCCGAGUAAGGGAUCAGAAGAAGUUAAAGUGGUUGUGCUUGGGCAAGGAGGAGUGGGAAAAUCUGCAUUGACAAUUCACUACGUUCAAAAUGUCUUUAUAUCAGAGUACGAUCCAACAAUUGAGGAUUCUUAUAGAAAACAUGUUGAGGUUGAUGGAGAGCCUGUAUUAUUGGAUAUUCUAGAUACUGCUGGUCCAGAGGAGUUCUCUGCAAUGAGAGAUCAAUACCUGAGAGUUGGUCAAAGUUUUGUAAUUGUUUGUGCAGUGAAUGAUGAAAGUUCUUUGAGAGAUGUUCGUUAUCAAGUUGACCUGUUGAUUCGUUGUAAAGAUUAUGUAGUUAAUGACAUGCCAAUUGUGUUUGUAAUGAACAAGAUGGAUUUAUUGAAAGAAAAUAGAGCAGAAACUGUUGAGAAAAUAUUCAUUGUUGAACUAUUCAAUAGUGAUGAGCAGUGCUAA